AUGUUGCCAUUUAAACCUAAUAAUAACAACUUGAAUUCCAAAACUGCGGAAACCUAUGACCAAGAAAAGAAUGAUAAUGAUGUAUAUUCGGAUGUAACUUUGGAAAGUUCUAGUGCAAGUAAAAUGAAUGAUAAUGAUAAUUCUGAACCUUCAAAUCAUUCUCAAACACAACGAACCGAAUCCGAGAUAUCUGAUAUGUCUCUUGUCGACCUCGUAAAACAAGGUGGCCAAGUCGUUCAGAAUAAAAUUGAUUUAUUAAGUAAUGCUGUUGUUGGUGUUGGUAAAAAAGAUCAAAGCGAUAAAAUCCCACCAGCACAUAUUCCAGCUGAAGGGUCGACAGCAUCAGAAGGAGUUGGGUUUAAACCGGCUGAAGCUCAAGAUUCACAUUCUCAAACACGACGAACCGAAUCCGAGAUAUCUGAUAUGCCUCUUGUCGACCUCGUAAAACAAAGUGGUCAAGUCGUUCAGAAUAAAAUUGAUUUAUUAAGUAAUGCUGUUGUUGGUGGUAU